GGAUAAGAAGGACGAAUUGCUUGAUCACUUAAACUCCAUUGAUGAGAGAAUACAAUUUACUAUUGAGUUGGAAUCUUGUAGCGGUACAAUACCAUUUCUUGACUGCCUAGUUCACAGGAAUGGGGGAAAUUUAAAGACGACACUAUAUCGCAAGCCAACGGAUACUGACGGCGUACUCCACUACACAUCGGGUCAUCCGAAACAGGUUUACGCUGGGAUAGCCUCAACGCUAUUCUACAGGGCACAAACCUUGUGCACGAUGGAGGAGGACAAAAAGGCUGCGCGGAAAGUGGCAAUGAGCAAACUACUAGAAAGCGGUUACCCACGGCGACUAGUUAAACGUCAAUUGCAUAAGGUGCUACACCGGCAGUCAAGACCCACAGCCGAG